AUUAUUAAAUAGAUUAAUUAUAAAUUAAAAUAAUAUAUAUUAAUAUUAAUAAUCAAAGAAUUCUAUUUCUGAUAAAUCAUAAGCAUUAUCAAUUCUACAUUAAACAUAAAAUAUGGAAGUGACCACCGAUAUAGUUGCGAUAUUGAAAGAGCGGAGGAUGGUAAAAAUCUGUGCACCGAUGGUUAGAUACAGCAAAUUGCAAUUCAGGACGCUUGUGAGGCGUUAUGGGUGUGAUAUAUGCUUUACUCCCAUGAUCAUGGCAGACUCGUUUGUACGAUCUUCAAAGGCCAGACAAAACGAAUUCACCACGCAUGGACAGGAUAGACCCUUGGUUGUCCAAUUCGCAGCUAAAACCGUAGACGACUUCGUUGGAGCUGCAGACCUAGUUGCACCAUACUGUAAUGGGGUGGAUUUAAAUUGCGGCUGUCCGCAACGCUGGGCCAUGAAGGAUGGAUACGGUGCUGACUUGCUGAGGAAACCGGAGCUGGUGAGCGACCUGGUGCAGCAAGUCCGAAAUCACAUACCUAGACCGUUCACUGUCUCCGUAAAGAUACGACUACUGCAAGACAUACGCCAGACGGUAGCGUUGUGCCAGACUCUGGAGAAAGUUGGUGUUUCGUUCUUAACGAUCCACGCAAGAACUCCGGAGAUGCGUAACGAGCCGAUCGAUCUGGACAAUCUCAAGCUGCUGCGAGGUCACGUGCGGUUGCCGCUCGUCGCGAACGGUGACGUGAAGAGCUUGGACAGUGCGGAGUACUUGUACAGAGAAUCGGCUGAGGGAGUGAUGGCAGCCAGAGGUAUCCUGACUAAUCCGGCGUUGUUCGGCGAGUCCGUCACUCCGCUGGCUUGCGUCCAAGAUUGGUUGGACAUCACGUCGGCCACACCGACUGAAUUCCAGUGUUUCCAUCAUCACCUAGUGUUCAUGCUGGAGAAAGUUCUCCCGAAGAAAGAUCGGAUUGCGUUCAACAACUUACAAAGCAGACCGUCCGUGUUGGAAUCGGAGAAUUAUUACGGCAUGAGGCCAAGUGCCCAGAUCAGUCCGAUGGAGCUGACAGACUGUAAUUUCGACGCGUCGCACGUGCGAAACGCAGAGAGAGUACAUCGACUACUGGAAGACGAUGCCUCGAGCGACUUUUGA